UUGAAAUGGACCAAACCAUGGUUGUAUGUUUGCGUUUGCGUAUUCGUUGGUAUUCGCGUCGGCGCGUGUCGCCGCGCCCGAGGAAUUUCGCGCGAGGGCGGUGUCGGCUCCUCCGCAGAAACCAACCCUCUAAAACCCGUCGUGCCACGACUGCCGCAACCUCGAAACCUCGUUCAAUGUCUCUCUUCUCUCUCUCUUGAAACCGUCCGUCUAGUUGUCGCAAAACUCCGGUCACGCACGGUUUACAUGUUCGCGAUUUUAUAAUAGAGAAGAAGAAGAAGAAUAAGAAAAAAAAAAUAAUUAACCGCAAAAAAAAUUAUUUAAAAUUUAUCAAUUUUACCCUCCCCCCCACAUCAGCCCCUCCCCUAUUCUCUCUGUCGUAUUUUUGUUUUGAUAAAAAAAAAAAUCAAUUUUCGAUCGUUUUCGUAUUCGUGUGUGUUUUUCUUUUUUAAAAAUUUUUCCUCUUCUUUUUUCUUAAAUUCCGUACUUUGUGAUUAGUUUUUUUUUUGAUAAAAAAAAAAAAAAAAGUUCUUCCGCUCUUACGUCGUCAUUUAAAGGAACACCGGUUAUCAUUCUGGAUUCCAUUCGAUUAACUGUCAGGAGUUUGACGAUUUCUCCUGUUGGCAACAUGUUGUAACGCAGGAACAGAAAUCACAAAGUGUGAAAACUGAAGGAUCGAGAGAGGGCGAAAAGGAGGAGAAAUGAGGCGGACGUGACGUCACAAUGACAUGAUGAAGAGCCUGGUGGGGAUCAUGUGGAUAGUGUUGGUGCUCAUAUCAGGAUGCUCAGGGAAUCCAGAUGCGAAACGAUUGUACGACGACCUGCUCUCGAAUUACAACAAACUUGUGCGACCCGUCGUGAACGUGACAGAUGCUCUGACAGUAAAGAUCAAGCUCAAGUUGUCCCAGCUCAUCGACGUGAAUUUAAAGAAUCAGAUCAUGACAACGAAUUUGUGGGUUGAACAGUCGUGGUACGAUUACAAAUUGAAAUGGGAUCCCAAGGAGUACGGUGGAGUGGAAAUGCUACAUGUGCCCUCUGACCAUAUUUGGAGACCUGAUAUAGUUUUAUAUAACAAUGCCGAUGGUAAUUUCGAGGUGACACUAGCGACAAAAGCAACUUUAAAUUACACGGGUAGAGUCGAGUGGAAACCACCGGCGAUUUACAAGUCUUCCUGUGAAAUUGACGUCGAAUACUUUCCAUUCGAUGAACAAACAUGCGUUAUGAAAUUCGGUUCAUGGACGUACGAUGGCUUUCAGGUCGACCUGAGGCACAACGAUGAAAUUCGAGGCAGUAAUGUUGUGGAUAUUGGUGUUGACUUAUCUGAAUUUUACCCUUCGGUCGAAUGGGAUAUUUUAGAAGUUCCAGCCGUUAGGAAUGAAAAGUUUUAUACGUGUUGCGAUGAACCCUAUCUCGACAUCACGUUCAACAUCACCAUGAGGCGAAAAACACUUUUCUAUACUGUCAAUCUCAUUAUUCCCUGUAUGGGAAUAUCUUUUCUCACAGUAUUGGUCUUUUAUCUACCCAGUGAUAGUGGCGAAAAGGUGAGUCUCUCCAUUUCAAUUUUGCUAUCACUGACUGUGUUCUUCCUCCUGCUCGCCGAAAUUAUUCCACCUACUUCACUAGUGGUACCUCUUCUUGGAAAAUUCGUCCUCUUCACAAUGAUCCUCGAUACAUUUAGCAUCUGUGUGACUGUCGUGGUGCUCAAUGUGCAUUUCCGAUCGCCUCAAACACACGUGAUGGCUCCAUGGGUCCGUCGCGUUUUUAUUCAUAUUCUACCCCGACUACUGGUAAUGCGCAGGCCGCAAUACCAAAUAGAUAAACGAAGUUAUACUGGUCAUCGUAAUCAUAGACUUAUGAUCAGGACAUGUAACGGGCUUGAACUACGAGAUCCAGCAAUUUUUGUGGAUCCCUCAGCUCCAGAGCUUGUUGAGUCCUCGGUCCUUUUUCCAAGCCUCGAUUCUCGAGACGAACUGAAUCCUAGGGAGAUGGAAGGAGUUAAUUUGGGAAGUUCGUGUCGUAUUCACGGGACCCCAACGAAUACUCCGGCUCCACCUCAACAACUGCCUACGGAGGAGAGUGUGGACGCUCUUUGUAAAUCUCUUCAUCAUUGGCAUCACUGCCCGGAACUUUAUAAAGCCAUCGAAGGCAUUCGUUUCAUUGCUGAUCAUACCAAACGAGAAGAAGAUUCAACAAGGGUGAAGGAGGAUUGGAAAUACGUGGCGAUGGUGCUAGACAGAUUAUUCCUAUGGAUCUUCACUCUUGCCGUGAUUGUUGGAACAGCAGGAAUUAUUUUGCAAGCACCAACAUUAUACGACGAUCGCAUUCCCAUUGACGUAAAACUUUCCGAAAUAGCCUCUACCACUGCCAAACCACACAUUGUUCCAACUCUCUGAGAGGCACUCAGUGCAUUAUAGUCUCCUCAAAAAUACAACUAUUAUUACUAUUAUUAUAAUAAUAUAUAGAAAAAAACAAAUAUUAUUAUAAUACAACUUAUAAUGCUAAACAAAAUAACAAAAAAUAAUAAUUGUUUAUCUUGUUUCGAGAGCGUCUUAUUCAGAAAUAUUAUCUGAACAAAUUACAAACACUUUUGGCCUAAAGGAUUAUCUCCUUUUUGAAACAGGAUAACCAAUUAGGAGUGAUUGAAGAAGAAGAAGAAAAAAAAACACGGGAAAACUCUAUAGGAAAUAAGAAAUUUUCCAGCAAUUGGCAAUUUUUUCAAAGACAAAUUUUGUUUAGGAAAUUUUCAAUUGCUGCGAAAUAAAAAUUGUCCCACACUAUCACACUAAGAAAAAAAGAUUGUAAUGCUAACGAAGCUGUUACGUACCAUAAUUUUAUUAAGAGAGCUCAUAAUUCACGUUUCUAAAUCUGCAAACUGCAAUUUUUUUCCAUCACAGAUGUUUAUUGAAAUUAAUACUUUUCGCUUUCAAUUUGAAUCGGUUGAAAAUAAUCGAUUUAGAGACAAAAAAGACACGAGAAGGUAAAAUUUACUUCGGAAAUAGUAAAAAUUCUACUACAGUACUAUUGUACCUGAAAUAGUCAAAAUUAUUUCAGAUACAGUAAAAUUUAUUUCAGAAAUAGUAAAAAUUAUACCAAAAAUAUUUACU